AUGAAACUCAGUCUACUUUUAACCACCUCGAUCUCGACCCUCUUUUACAUUGUAUCCGCUUCUCAACAGUUUGAUGUCAAUUCAGUAGCUCUUGAGAAGAGAGAUCAUGGUUUACCUUACGCCAGCUUACCAUCAACCACUUGCGCUACCCCAUCCACUUGUAGCAGCAUUUCUGGAACUGUUACCUGCCGUUGUAGCGAUACCGUCACCACAUGUAUCAACACAAGUGGACAAUACUGCUGGGGUUCCAUCUCAUUGAACUCAACUUCAUGUCCUACUGUACCAGAAUCAUGUUCAUCUACCUUGACUGGAACCAAGACUUCAUGUCUCUGUAACGACAAAAAUGUGCUUUGUGUAGACAAUGCCAACAACUAUUGCUAUGGAUCAGUGAAUGCUGGUGCCGUCUCCAUUUUACCUAUUCCUUACGCUGCUUCCUCUGCUGCCUCUGCCUCUACCUCUGCCUCUGCCUCUGCCUCUGCCUCUGCCUCUGCCUCUAUCCCGGUUGCAAGUGGAACUACAAACCCUACCAUGUCUGUUGUUGGUGCCCCCUCUGUCGCUCCAAGUGCUACACCCUCGACAUCUGGGUCAAACACAUUGGCUACUAGCGGCAUGUUGACAUUAGGCUGUGCUGCUUUGAUUGCUUACAUUGCCAUUUAA